AUGGCUAGGUACAACUUCGGUCUUGGCAAGAUAGCCAAAUUGAUUCUUGGCCUUGGUGCUAUGGCCACCGUAGUCAGCGGCAACACCUCGGACUACUUCGAGGGUGACAUGGAAUACCUUAAGGACAUGGAACCCUAUGACAUUGUGUUCCCAGUUUCAGAUAACGAGGAACUUCUUGGACAACUUCGUGUCAUAUUGCCAGACCAUGUGGCUCAGCUAGUUGCCAUGUAUGCCGGCACUGAAGGCGAAAUUAAGUUGCCUAAGAAGCUCGCUUACGUAGUCGCUCGCCAUCUUCAACGCAAGUUACUUAGCGAUCUCCCAAGGGAUGCAGCCAGUGAUCUCGCUUUUUACCCGGGAACGAGCCCCUUCCCUCACUAUUUGCUCGCCCCUAUUGUUGACUAUUUGAACAACAAGUAUGAGAAACAUCACAUUGAACAACGCAUCAGGAAGUUGUUUGACGACAUUAUUUACAGCCGUGUCUGGGAACCCAUCGGAGUUUUCGACUGGCAAAGUGUCAAGAGACGUAUUUUCGAAAUCAUGGGAAUAGAGGAUGUGGACACCGAGGAACAAGCUGAGGCAGAAGGUAGUCAGGUUGAGGAGGUUGUCCACGAGACCAAUGAGGAUGACGAUGUUGCCUCAACUGUAGCCUCCAAGCAUGACGCUGAGGAAGGCGACGCUGCUUCAAUUGCAGCAGGUGAUGUAGCAGGUAGCCAUCUUGAGAAUGAGGAAGGCGACGCUGCUUCAAUUGCAGCAGGUGAUGUAGCAGGUAGCCAUCUUGAGAAUGAGGAAGGCGACGCUGCUUCAAUUGCAGCAGGUGAUGUAGCAGGUAGCCAUCUUGAGAAUGAGGAAGAAGGUAGCCAGGAGGAGGAGGAUGACGAUGAUGAUGACUUCAGUCACGAUGACUCAGUUUGUGAGCCGCAAGUAAGCAUUUUGGAUGGAUCAGUGACAUCGCAGGAGGAUAAACCUCAUUCUCAUAUCGAUGAGGAUAGUCGGAAACGUGCAAAAGGUAGAUUGGAUCAAAUCAUUGAACUUCUACCCAAGGGCUUUCGUGACCGACUUAAACAUGAUGGCAUUUAUGAGCUCACUGACUAUGUUGAAUUCCACCUCGCUUAUCAACGCGAUGGCAAAAUCUUUGAUGUGAUCAUCGAACCACUUGCCAAGCAUUUGGUCACUGAGAUUAUGUGGGAACAUCCUGAACAUUUUGCAGGUGUGGAUGAAUACGCAGCCAGACCACUAUUAGAAAGGUACAUUAAAAAAUUAUUGGUGAAAAUGAGGCUGCCCCGCCUUCGUGUGUCUUCCAAUGUCCCCCAGAAAGCUGAAGGAGAGGAGCCACGCGGCAGUCUCCGUGCCACAAGCUCAUAG